GUCCAGACUCCACAUGUUUGUGUAAAACCUAAUGAUCUGGGUUAGACCAAGUCCAUUUGUGUGUUGUCUGAACAUAUGUUUCAGUUGAAAGGAUAAGACUGAUUAAAAAUCUGAACUUUGGACCAUUUAUAGAAAGGAGUUAACAUGGGCAAAAUCAGGAACUUGCUUAGAGCAACAGGAAUAGCUGUCAGUUAUGAAUAGUCCAGAUGUUGUUGCGCACACACCAUAUUUUCUAACCAGAUUUUCAACUGAUGUUUCCUUUGGCGCCUUGGAUUCACUUUAUUCACACCGGCAUUGAGGUUAAAUUCCGUGUAACACACACCGCCACCUGUAAGUGACAAGUCCCGCCUUUCAUUCGGUUGGAGGUUCAGAGUUUCCUUCCAUCCUGACCUGCCACCCCUCUGCUUCAUCUUUUAUUCGCCCUCAUUCUGCCUCCAGAGAGCGUCCACGCCGGACCAGCUACACCUGCUCUCGAGUGCAUAAUGAGUCGGUUGGAGGAGAUUUGUUUUCGAGCGCACAGGAUGGACCUGGAGGAGGAUUUCUUCCCGUACGUAGACGGAGGCGAGGUGCGCGCCGCGCUGCUCCGGAAAGAGGAAGAGCUCGUGCUCGCGGCUCAGCUCGGGAACGCGCUCCUUUCCGAGAACCUGCAGCUGAAAGAAGAGAAGAACAGACUGCAGGAACAGUACACGGAGAAGAUCGAGGAGCUGGAGCAGGAGAGAUAUGAUCUGAGGCUGAAGCUACAGGGAUGCCAGGUUCAGUGGGAGAGUCAAGUGGGCGAGCUGGAGCGGGACAUCCGGGCACUGAGUGCCCAAGCUGAGAAGCUGACACGACAAAUAAGCGAGGCAGAGAAAGAGAAGAGUCAGAGAGAAAAGCAACACAACGAGAUCAGUCAGCAGAUUCAGGAACAGCUGCAAGCAGCAAUGGAGGCGAAACUGGCCGUCACGGCUGAGCUGCAGAGCCUAAAGCAGGAGUUGGGAGAGAGGGGCCACCCGAAACCACAAGAUGAGGAAUUGCUCAGUGCCCUUAAAGAACAAGUUGCACGGCUGAUGCAGCGGGAGCAGUCUCUGGAACAGCGGUUGGAGACAGUGUGUGAAGAGAACACCCAGCUGAGAGAGAGUGUAUCAUCGCUGUGCACACGACUUGCCCUGCAGGAGCAUCAGAGUAAAACGCAAACACAGCAGCUAGCAGAGGCCUGGCAGGAAGUGGAGCUCGCGAAAGGCAGAGCACAAGAUCUCCAGUCUCAGAUAGAGGAACUUCAGGAAGAGGUUAUUCUCCAGAGGACUACUGAUGGAGACACAUCCCUGCUUUCAGAGAUGGAACGUAGUCUAGACGCCUUGAACUGGAGCCAAGACAAGAAGCAUGUCAUACAGGAAGUGAGCUCCAUCCUAGACAUGCUGCUUCCUGUUUCCCAUGGUUCUGAGGUUCCAUGCAAUCAAGAAGAUAGCCUGCAAGGCAUGCUGGGACAGUUGAAAAGUUCAGCAGAAAGGAUUGUGCGCAACGGAAUGGUGCAGCGUCUUCAGGAUCUGAAGAAGCCCAUUGUGGGAGGAGACCUGGCUCUAUGUGAGAAUACAGCCUGUAUACAGGAGCUGCGAGAUCAGAAUGCAGAGCUUUUAAAAGAGAAUGCUGAACUCAGACUUAAAUCUGACAGCUGGAAGGAUGACGAGAUCGUUCAAAGAGCUAUAAAGGACAGAGAUGACGCCAUUUCAAAGAAAACAGCAGUGGAGGCAGAACUGGUGCGAAGCAGAAACGAUAUGAUGUAUUUGAACAACCAGUUGCUGGAGGCCAUCCAGCGUAAACUAGAGCUAUCUCAGGAACUGGAGGCCUGGCAGGAUGACAUCCAGGUAAUCAUUAACCAGCAGCUGAAGAGCCAGACGGAGCAGCAGACGCAGUCAAAGAGGUCAGGUGGAGGCCGUCUCUCAUUUUUCCGCAAACCGCUGAAAACAUCGACCUCUGUGUCCUGCAUACCGGAGGCCACCACAGUGCCCAAACCUGUGCCCUGGAGAAACUGGCUCAAAGUGGCUAAAUAAACCACAUUCACAGACAGGAGGAAAUGCACAAAAAGACACCUGCACACUGCUGCAUGGAGCGAAUCAGCAACAGAAUAUCAUAUACUGUAUGUGAUUUCGCAAACUGUAUAGUUUUGAGCUCACAAAUAAAACAAAAACUAUCAUCUUUAUGCAGCCGAUCAGAAAACACUAUUACGAUGUACUUACAUAAACCUAAUUCUGACCCGAGAAUCCUGAGAUUUUAAUCACAACGGACAUUGUUUGUGUGAUGAUCAAAUACACUGUAUUUUUUGGUUAUGCUCGUAUUAUUUAUUUAAAAACAAGAGAACAAAUCUAUAAUUUAGCGGAUUGUUCAGGAAAAAACAUUUUCAUUGCAAUGAACUGCAUCAAAAUAUGCACGAGUAAAUAGAAAUGUGUUAAUGUGCCUGCAGAACAUGAAUAUUCUACGUUUGUAAAUAUGUAAUAAUAUAGCAGAAUAACUCAAAUUGAGUUGGCUGUAUUAAAAAAAGAAACACUGGUGGAUAUGAAUGUCUAGGGCCUGUAUGAAUUUCAGUAUUUAGCUCAUGUGCCACGUCACCUCCUGAUAUCCAACUGAUUCGAUCUGACUGCUAUCUUUGUACAUGAGUGUUUUAGAAGUUUUAAAUAAUCUGGUACAUCUAGACUUAUACUUUAUAAUCACACACACAUUCAUACAUCAUAGUAUUUUUUUUUUGUAUCUAUUGGCUCAAGUGUGUUAAAAAAGAACACAAGGAUGAAGGAUCGCUGCCCUAUAAAGUUACUCCUAAACUCAGUUUAGUAUUAUUUGUAAUAUUGUUGUUAUUAUUACUAUUCAUUAGUAAUAAGUUAUUUGUAUUGGUAAAUAUGGUUGUGAACGCAUAGUUGUAAUGUAUAUAAUAACUUGUCGACUCCUGACUUACCCUGUAAAAUAAAACCUUUUUUCAGCAUUUUA